AUGUCGGGCAACAACCCGUUUGACGACAUUCUGGCGCCGCAACCUCAAAAGGCGGCCAACCCACUAGCAAGUGAUCCCUUCGACGACGACAAUGUUCCCGACCUGCUCGGUGGCUCCUCGAAUCGAGGCCACUCUGGAGCCGGUCAGAACGCUUCGGGCACGUCCCGCGAUGACGGCAAGAGUGGCUACGCAAUGGAUCCAUUCUUCGACGAGCGAGUUGACGAUGACUUUGGGCUCCCGGCGCAUGCGCAGACGUCGGGAUACAUGCAGCCCAUCGCCAGCACGUCAACGCAUACCGCUGGUCAGUCGCUGUUCGACGUCGACCAGCCGUUCGCGCAUCAGGGCGCAACCCCGGCUGGGUACGGCGGGUUCUCGGGCGGAAAGAAGGACUUCCUGGGCACCACGAACGAGGACCCGUUCGCUGACGAUGAGGCGGCCGCCGCCUACACCUUCUCAGCGCCAACAGAUGGCCCAUAUGCCGUUCGGAAACGGCGUGGCCGGUGGCAACGGUUCAAGGACGACUACUUGGGCGAGAUCGAUUGGAGUUUUGGUGUCGACAAGCUUCUCAGACGCAAGAACAAGUUCGAUGGCAUACCACGAGAAGUCAUGUUGAACGAUCCAGAGGGCAACCGCGUCAAGGGCUACGAAAGCAACUCGGUCUCGACUGGCAAGUAUGGUCCGUUGACAUUCCUGCCAAAAUUCCUGUUCUCCGAGUUCUCGCGAUCUGCAAACUUGUUCUUCCUGUUCACGGCGUGCAUCCAGCAAGUACCGGGCGUCUCACCGACUGGUCGCUGGACGACCAUCGUCCCUCUCGCUGUGGUUCUCAUCGCCUCUGCCUUCAAGGAGAUCAAGGAGGAUCUGAAACGACAUGCUCAGGAUCGCUCCUUAAACUCGAGCAAGGCAAUGGUUCUCGUCAACGGCCAGUUCGAGGCUCGGUCAUGGCGCCGCGUUCGCGUCGGCGACAUCCUUCGUCUCGAGAGCGACGGUUUCAUACCCGCUGACAUGGUCCUUAUCAGUAGUUCCGAACCAGAAGGACUUGCGUAUGUGGAGACGGCGAAUCUCGAUGGCGAGACCAACCUCAAGAUCAAGCAGGCGCAUCCGUCCACUUCCACCCUCACCAACCCCCAAGCUGCAUCGAUGCUGCGUGGUCACCUGAUGUCGGAGGCUCCCAAUUCGUCUCUAUACACGUACGACGGCACCUUCAAUCUGUCAUCCGCGCAGCCAGGCGCCGCUCCUACCAAGAUUCCGGUCGGACCGAACCAGGUUCUGCUUCGUGGCGCUCAACUACGCAACACUGGUUGGGUGUACGGAAUCGUCGUUAACGCCGGACACCAAACGAAGCUCAUGCGCAACGCCACUGAGCCGCCCGUCAAACGCACGGCCGUCGAGAAGCAGGUCAACAGGCAGAUCCUGUACCUAUUUGCGCUCCUGCUCCUCAUGUCGCUAGUUUCGGCGAUCGGUAACUGCAUCCGGAUGUGGUUCUUCUCCGACCAAGACUGGUAUCUCGACCUCGGCCAGGGCAUGCCCAACAAGGCGCGUCAGUUUGUCGAGAACAUCCUGACGUUCAUCAUUCUCUACAACAACUUGAUCCCGAUUUCCUUGAUCAUGACGAUGGAGGUCGUCAAGUUCCAGCACGCUUCGUUCAUCAACUCGGACCUCGACAUGUACUACGCCCCGACGGACACGCCGGCGGUGUGCCGCACCUCUUCGCUCGUGGAGGAGCUCGGCCAGAUAUCCUACAUCUUCUCAGACAAGACCGGUACGCUCACGUGUAACGAGAUGGAAUUCCGCGAGUGCUCGAUCUUCGGCGUCCCCUACGCUCAGACCGUCGAAGACAACAAGCGCGAGCAGGGACAAAAAACUUUCGAGGUCCUCCGUCAACGCUCCGAAGAAAACACCCAGGAGGGCGCCGUCAUUCGCCAGUUCCUCAACCUCUUGGCAGUGUGCCACACUGUCAUCCCCGAGAUCAAGGACGGCAAGAUGGUGUACCAAGCGUCAAGCCCGGACGAAGCGGCUCUUGUCCAGGGGGCAGAGAUUCUCGGAUACCGGUUCCACACCCGCAAGCCGAAGUCGGUGUUCAUCGACGUCAACGGCCAGGACGAGGAAUAUGAGAUUCUGAACGUCUGCGAGUUCAACUCGUCGCGUAAGCGCAUGUCCACGGUCGUGAGAUGUCCCGAUGGCAAGAUCCGCCUGUUCUGCAAGGGUGCCGACACUGUCAUCUUCGAGCGGCUGGGUGCCAACCAGGAGUUCUCAGAGGCGACACUUGUCCACCUCGAGGACUACGCCACGGAGGGUCUGCGCACGCUGUGCUUGGCUUACCGGGACGUUCCGGAUGCCGAGUACAACGAGUGGGCGCGACUCUACGACAACGCCGCCGCGCAGAUGCAGGGCCGUGCCGAGGCCCUCGACAACGUCGCCGAGAUCAUCGAGCAAAACCUCGUGCUCCUCGGCGCGACAGCGAUUGAGGACCGUCUGCAGGACGGUGUGCCGGACACGAUCCAUACUCUGCAGCAGGCAGGUAUCAAGAUCUGGAUCCUCACUGGCGAUCGGCAGGAGACAGCGAUCAACAUCGGCCUCUCGUGCCGCUUGAUCUCCGAAUCAAUGAACCUGGUCAUUAUCAACACGGAGACACAAGCUGAGACGGUUGACCUCCUCAACAAACGCCUAUUCGCCAUCAAGAACCAGCGCAUGGGUGGCGGCGACGUUGAGGAGCUAGCUCUUAUCAUCGACGGCAAGAGUCUGACGUUCGCGCUCGAGAAGGAGUGCUCUGACGUUCUCCUCGAGCUGGCGGUCAUGUGCAAGGCGGUCAUCUGUUGCCGUGUUUCGCCGCUGCAGAAGGCACUCGUCGUCAAGCUGGUCAAGAAGUCAACGACUGCGCCGCUGCUCGCGAUCGGGGACGGCGCCAACGAUGUCAGCAUGAUCCAGGCCGCGCACAUUGGUGUCGGCAUCUCAGGCGUCGAGGGCCUCCAGGCCGCGCGCUCGGCCGACGUCGCUAUCUCCCAGUUCCGCUUCCUCCGCAAGCUUCUUCUUGUCCACGGCUCAUGGAGCUACCAGCGCCUAUCGAAGCUCAUCCUCUACUCGUUCUACAAGAACAUUACCUUUGCGCUGUGUCUCUUCUGGUACUCGUGGUUUAACGACUUCUCGGGUCAGAUCUCGUUCGAGGGCUGGUCGAUGUCAUUCUACAACGUCAUCUUCACCAUCCUGCCGCCCCUCGUCAUUGGUAUCUUUGACCAGUUCGUCAGCGCGCGUAUGCUCGACCGGUACCCCCAGCUCUACCAUCUGGGGCAGCGUAACGCGUUCUUCACGCCCGUCAAGUUCUUCGAGUGGGUCGGCAACGCACUGUAUCACAGUGUCCUGUUGUUCACGUUCACGUGCCUCGCGUUCACGGGCGACCUCAUCGCGUCCGACGGCAAGGGCUCUGGCCUUUGGGUGUGGGGAACGACGCUGUACAUGGUCGUCCUCCUCACUGUCCUCGGCAAGGCGGCACUUAUCUCCGACGUCUGGACAAAGUACACGGUCGCGGCGAUCCCCGGCUCGUUCAUCUUCACGAUGAUCGCUCUGCCGCUCUACGCCUUCAUCGCUCCACUACUCAACUUUUCGAUUGCGUACAAGGGAGUUGUCGGGCGCCUGGCGUCAGACCCCGUCUUCUACUUUUGCCUCAUCCUCUUCCCGCCUCUGUGCCUCCUUCGCGACUACGCGUGGAAGUACUACCGCCGCACGUACCACCCCCAGGACUACAACAUCGUGCAGGAGAUCCAGAAGUUCAACCUCUCCGACUACCGCCCUCGGCAGGAACAGUUCCAAAAGGCCAUCAAGAAGGUACGUGCCACCCAGCGCAUGCGCCGGCAGCGCGGGUUUGCGUUCUCGCAGACCGAAAACACGAGCCAGGACCAGACGCGCCUCAUCCGCGCGUACGACACGAGCGUCGCUCGUCCAACUGGCUUCUAA